AUGGCCCCGGUUAAAGCCGUGAUUCCCUUAGCACGCAUGCCACAGCAGGCGACCGUCCAAACGCAGGAGGAAGAUUGGACAGGAAUCACCGAUCGAACGGAGAGGAGGAAAUUGCAGAAUCGGCUCAAUCAACGGGCACUACGCCCAUGGUCCUCGUGCACCAGUCUGACUACCGAGGGAAUCGAGUCCGACCAAAAGCCUCCCCGAAACCACUUUGAUUCGCCAGAAGUGAUCCAGCUCAUGACACAAGUGGAAGCCGCUGCUCGAUCCUCCAGUUACAGUGCAAGUUCAUUGAAUCUCGAGCAUCUCCUGACUCUACCCAAGAUUAACGUUCAUCGCGCAAUCGUCGAGAAUAUCUGUAGUGUGGGCAUGACCAUGGACUGGAUGAAAGAGGAAAAUUCAAUAUCAAUCUUCAAUCUUACCAUGCCCGUGUCCGUAUUCGUGCCCGGUCUGGUAGAAUCGUCAAUCCCGCUCGACAUGCAACCUACCGCCGUGCAGAGGAAAGUUCCGCAUCAUCCGUGGCUGGACUUUUUCCCGUCACCGACUCUGAGAGAUAAUUUGAUUAUCCUGCAAGAUCAGAUUGAUGAUGACGAGCUGUGUCAUGAUCUGAUGGCGUUCUGGGAUACUCGAAAUCAGCGGGCGGGGCUUCUUGUCUGGGGACCACCUUGGCUGACGAGUAGUUGGGAGGUGACGGAGACGUUUUUGGCCAAGUGGGGGUUCUUGUUGUAUGGAUGUACGACGUUACUGAUGAGUACGAAUUUCUGGAGGCUACAAAGGGGGGAAAAGCCACUGGUGUGGAGGGAUUAUUUUGUUCCACAGCAUCCGUUUCUUCAGUUGCUGCGGAGCAAGAGACAAGGCUGGAUAUCUUCGUCACUGCCGUGA